AUCAUUUCAAUAGUUCACCGGUUCAGCCUUAAUACGAACAGCCUUGACUGUAUCGUGGGCAAUGUUGUCGCUAGCGUGUUAAUUGCUAGCUAGAUACAUGCUUACAUGAAGUGACAGCGUAUUUAACAAGCUACUGCUUGGCUGUAGAAUAUCAAAAAUUGGUUGCACAGGCUAGCUCGUGCUGUUAUGGGGUGGGCAUCAAAUACACUGGAAUUUGUAUGCACUUUGUGUUUUACGUUAUAUGUGAUUGAACUGGGCCAGGUUUCAUCCACAGAGAAAGAUGAGACGUCUGAAGCCAAGUUUUCUGAAGAACCCUACACAAGUUCCGUAAUGGAAAACAGCCCCGAAUUUGUAGGAAUAAUAGAUGGUCUGGAGUCGCAGACGAAGAGGCAGUUCAAGACGGCGGAAAUCGCAGACGCGGUGAUGGGAACAAACGUGCCCUCAGAUCCAGCCAGCAUGGAGUCCCUUAUUCCAAAAAAUGCGAAAGAUUUCCAGGCUGACUUUUCUGCACCCUGCGAGGAAGAUGGAAAAUGCAGUGCAGCUCCUACUCCGUUGACUGGCGAAGAGACCCCUAAUGCGAAAACCACAGAGGAGACUGAGCCAGUCACUCUGGGGAUGGUACAUGUGGACACCAUGACAGCUGACGAACAGAAUUCCACCGAAGCUACAAAGACCUACAAAGUCAGUUGUGAUAAAAGGAACAUCACAGAGAUGGAUAACUUUACAGUGACGAUACUAAAUGCUUCACAGGAUUUGAUGGAGUUCUUGAACGCCAACAGUACAGAGUGCUCCUUAGUUUUAUUCUACACUACCUGGUGCCAGUUCUCGGCUUCUCUUGCACCACACUUCAAUGCCCUACCGAGGGUCUUUCCUAGUAUGCACUUCCUUGCUCUGGAUGCAUCCCAGCACAGCAGUCUUUCCACAAGGUUUGGAACUGUAGCUGUUCCAAACAUUCUUCUCUUUCAAGGAGUAAAGCCAAUGGCCAGGUUCAACCAGACUGACAGGACAUUGGAAACACUGACAUCUUUCAUCACAAACCAGACUGGUUUUGAAGCUGUCUUGGAUCAGAAUGUGACAGAGGAGGAUCGCUUAGGCCCCCUUCCCAGUGUCCCUGUGAAAAGCAUUGACUGGCUACUUGUGUUCUCAGUCUUAUUUAUAUCUGGCUUUACCAUUUAUGCCAUACUGCGGACUGACAGUAUACGCUGGCUGAUACCCGGACAGGAGCACGACCACCAAGACUAACAGGACAUUUUCUGAUCUCUACCAAGGCUGCAAAUGGUCAGUGUUCGCUAUGUGGCAUGGAAGUAAUUGGAAUAUAAAUACAAAGGUAAAA